UAUGGCGCCUUCCACGGUUCCUUUCUCGAGAUUUUGAAGAGGAGGAUUAAGAUAGUGAUAGCCAGGUUUUAGGGGAGUUUUUCACUUUCACAAGAUUGAAAUUCGGAAACAUUAUUGGAACUGGCGGUGCAGUCAAUAUAAACAUUCUCAUGGCCUCGGUGCCGUCAUCUCUAUUUCUGCAACCGCGCUGGAAACGUGUAGUGGGUUGGUCUGGACCUGUACCCCGACCUCGUCAUGGGCAUCGCGCUGUUUCAAUUAAAGAACUGAUAGUAGUUUUCGGUGGUGGUAACGAAGGCAUUGUAGAUGAACUGCACGUAUAUAAUACGGCUACUAAUCAAUGGUUUAUCCCUGCCGUUCGAGGAGAUAUUCCGCCAGGAUGUGCAGCCUAUGGUUUUGUGUGUGAUGGAACUCGCCUUCUAGUCUUUGGUGGGAUGGUAGAAUAUGGAAAGUAUAGCAAUGAUCUAUAUGAACUACAGGCAAGCAGAUGGGAAUGGAAGAGGCUCAAAGCAAAGACACCUAAGAAUGGGCCCCCUCCUUGUCCCCGGCUUGGACAUAGUUUCUCUCUUGUGGGUAACAAAUGUUACCUCUUUGGAGGUCUGGCUAACGACAGUGAAGAUCCCAAGAAUAACAUUCCAAGGUACCUGAAUGAUCUCUACAUCCUGGAGUUACGCCCAGAUUCGGGUGCGGUGGCUUGGGACAUCCCUAUUACCUAUGGGGUCUUGCCCCCACCCCGCGAAUCCCACACAGCCAUAGUUUAUACAGAAAAGGACAAGAAAAAAUCCAAGCUGGUUAUUUAUGGGGGAAUGAGUGGCUGUAGAUUGGGUGAUCUUUGGAUCCUAGAUAUUGAGACUCUGAUGUGGAAUAAACCCAAUCUUAGUGGAGUGGCUCCUCUUCCUCGAAGUCUUCACUCUGCUACUACCAUAGGAAACAAAAUGUAUGUCUUUGGUGGCUGGGUACCUCUUGUCAUGGACGAUGUCAAAGUAGCCACACAUGAAAAGGAGUGGAAGUGCACUAAUACACUGGCAUGCCUUAAUCUAGAUACUAUGGCAUGGGAGACUAUCCUGAUGGAUAUGUUGGAAGAUAAUAUUCCCCGUGCUCGGGCUGGUCAUUGUGCUGUUGCCAUUAAUACCCGACUCUACAUAUGGAGUGGAAGGGAUGGCUACCGAAAAGCCUGGAAUAACCAGGUUUGCUGUAAGGACCUCUGGUACUUGGAGACAGAAAAACCCUCAGCUCCAUCUCGGGUACAUCUUGUUCGAGCAAAUACUAACUCCUUAGAGGUGAGCUGGGGAUCAGUGCCAACAGCUGACAGCUACCUUCUGCAACUUCAGAAAUAUGAUAUUCCUCCUGCAGCAGCCGCCACUUCACCAAUAAUUAAUCCAAUUCCUUCUAUGCCGGCCAACCCUCCCAAAAGUCCUGCCCCAGCUACCAUAGCUCCUACUAUACAGCCCCUUACACAAAUGGGCAUCACACUUUUCCCUCAAAGUUCUGUGACUCCCCCAGCAACUAAUCCUAUUCAGGUUUUGCCAACAGUACCUGGAAGUUCUAUUUCCAUUCCCACCAUGACUAGGACUCAAGCAGGUGUUCUUAAAGUAACUGGCCCUCAGGCUACAACAGGAAACCCAGUAGUCACUGUCCGGCCCUCCAGCCAAGCAGGAAAAGCUCCUCUCACUGUCACUUCAUUGCCUACUGGUGUACGGAUGGUUGUGCCAACGCCAAGUUCUCAAGCCACGGUGGUGGGUAGCAGUCCUCAGAUGAGUGGAAUGGCAGCUCUGGCAGCUGCAGCUGCUGCCACACAGAAGAUCCCUCCUUCUGUUCCUACGGUAUUGAGUGUUACUGCAGGGACUACUGUUGUAAAAACUGUGGCAGUAUCAGCUGGAACUACUACUUUACCAGCUACCGUGAAAAUGGCUUCCUCACCAGUCAUGGUAAGCAAUCCAGCUACUCGAAUGCUUAAGACAGCAGCAGCCCAAGUGGGAACAUCUAUAUCAUCAACUAACAGCACUCCUACUCGACCUAUCAUCACUGUUCACAAAUCAGGCACAGUAACUGUGGCUCAGCAAGCUCAAGUGGUGACUACUGUUGUGGGAGGAGUUACCAAAACCAUUACUUUAGUGAAGAGUCCACUUUCUGUUCCAAGUGGCAGUGCUCUGAUUUCUAAUCUUGGCAAAGUUAUGUCAGUUGUUCAAACCAAACCUGUACAGACCUCAGCUAUAACAGGCCAGGCUUCCACUAAUCCUGUGACGCAGAUCAUCCAGACCAAGGGACCUUUGCCAGCAGGAACCAUUCUGAAACUAGUAACAUCAUCAGAUGGCAAGCCUACCACUAUCAUCACAACCACACAGGCCAGUGGGACAGGAACCAAGCCAACCAUCUUAGGUAUUAGCAGUGUUUCUCCUAGUACCACAAAACCUGGGACCACUACCAUCAUCAAGACUAUUCCCGUGUCAGCAAUCAUUACCCAGUCUGGAGCAACAGGUGUAACCAGCAGUCCUGGAAUAAAGUCUCCCAUCGCUAUUAUCACCACAAAAGUCAUGACUUCUGGCACAGGAACACCUGCCAAAAUUAUUACAGCUGUCCCUAAAAUUACUACUGGCCAUAAUCAGCAAGGAGUGACCCAAGUUGUACUGAAGGGAGCUCCAGGACAACCUGGCACCAUUCUCCGAACACUGCCCAUGAGUGGAGUGCGACUUGUCACCCCUGUUACAGUUUCAGCAGUUAAACCAACAGUCACCACAUUGGUAGUGAAGGGUACCACUGGUGUUACAACUUUAGGGACUGUAACAGGUACUGUAUCUACCAGCCUUGCUGGAGCUGGUGGGCAUAAUGUUAGUGCUUCUCUGGCUACUCCUAUCACCACAUUGGGCACCAUUGCUACUCUCUCAAGCCAAGUGAUUAAUCCUGCUACAGCCAUUACUGUUUCAUCAGCACAAACCACAGUAACAACAUCUGGGGCUCUUACUACCCCCACCAUUACUAUGCAGCCUGUCUCUCAGCCCACUCAGGUGGCAUUGAUUACACCACAAGGAGGUGAGGAAACUCAGCCAAUACACGAUCUUCCUGACUCCAUCCUGGCUUCACCUACUGCAGAGCAAUCCACUGCUACAGUAACAAUUGCUGAAGCAGGUCAAGGUGAAAUGCAGCCUGGUACUGUGACUUUGGUGUGUUCUAACCCACCAUGUGAAAUCCAUGAGACGGGUACCACCAAUACAGCUACCACAAGUAUGGUAGCCAACAUUGGGGACUUUUCACAAACCACACAGGUUCAACUCAUCCGUGAUGGUCAGGACAUUUCAGCAAUUGAGCAGCAGAAUGCAAAUAUGUCAGUUUGCUCCAAUCAACCUUGUGAAACUCCUGAGACAAGUAUUACUAGCACUUCCGUGGGAAUCAAUCCUAACUUAACAAGCUCUCUAACUAUGGACAUGGGACAGAUUCUGUGUAUAAAUCCUCAUUGUGAGACCCAUGAAACAAACACCACUAAUACAACCACCACAGCCAUUUCCAACAUUAAUGGACAAAAUGUCUGCUCCAACCCCCCAUGUGAAACUCAUGAAACAGCAACCACCAAUACAGCUACUACAGCCAUAUCUAACAUAGGUACCAUGCAGCCAGCAUCUCCCAGCACUCAACAUGAAAAACACAUCCAGGCAGAUGACGCACUAGUUUCAGUUCAGUCUAGUAUUAAUGAAGAGCUCAAAGGAUCUUGGUCUCCCACCAGGUCUUUCUGCCAAACUCAUCAGAGUGGCUCAACCUGCAUUACCCUGAGUAUGAAAUCCAUAGAGGUAUCUUCAGAAACCACCAUUCAGAUUUGCCAAAAGUCAUCAUCCAAAGAGGUCACCUCUAAUAUGAGUACUUCUAAAGGGUUUUAUACUCAGAGUAUAAAAGCUGAGCAAACAAGCCCAUGUACUGUGGGCAAUAUCAUGUCAGGUUUGAAGCCACUAAGUAGGCAUUCUGAGAUACAGCAUAUUCACAAAACCAGUGUCCCCACUAUGGGGCAGGUGAGUAUAGAUGCCAAAGAAACCAAUGAAAUACCAAUAUACCCUAAACCUUUGUGUCUCAUACACCAAAAUGACUUGACUAAAACCACAAAAACUAUAAGAACACAACAGUGUCCCUUCUUUUCUACUUCUCUUUGUGAGAAUUAUGAAACUAGUAUUACAUCAACUAUGGACAACGUUGACGUCAACCCAGGAUGUGAAAUCCAUAAAACAAAUAGCACUACUACAACUUCUUGUAUAGUCAUUAGUCAUAAUAAUAGUCUGCAGCAAACAACUCUAAAAAACCAAGAGACAAUAAUUAGUGAGAACCAAGAACCUCCCUUUGUUCCCAAAACCUUGGCAACAGUUACAGAUUUGGUAGAGUUACCACCAAAUGUCACAUGUACUUCCAAGAGCAGAUCCCCUAGAAGAGACACUUCUGGACCAAAACUGUGUUCCAAUCCUCCAUGUGAAACUCAUGAGACAGGUACCACUCACACAGCCACUACUGUCACCUCAAACAUGGGCUCCAAUGAAGUUUCUCCACCAACUACUAGUGGAAAUGAAGAUCUAGGGAAUAUUCAAGGGACUUCUGUGAUUACCACCAGUAUCAGCAGUGUGACAACAGCAACCUCUGACCAGUCCCAGGCACUGACCACUAUGACACAAUCUACUUUGGUCCCCAAACCUUCAGUUCCAAGUUUAUCAUUAAUGAUAGAAGCACCUCCAGAGGAGAAGAGUAACAUUCCUGCUCCAGAUGCAGUUUCCAGGACUGUGCCUAGCAUAGAGGCAUCUCUUUCUGUUAUACAUGUCUUGGACUCAGAUGAAAUAAAAGCUAAGCAAAUAUUAAGAGAGAAAAUAGUGCUAUCACCACCCCUUCUGUACUCCAGUCAAUACAUAGGGCCCUCUUUGAAGGAACAGUUACAUCUUCCUGAGAAGCUAGCGUUUGUGGACAAUAAUGCUAAGGAAUUCCCAUCAGAUCAGGACCAUGCCAAUUCAGCUGGUGUGACUUCUGUAAUGGUGCAGCAUCUGCCAUCUCAACAACCUGAGGUAGAUCAGCAUUCUCUGCCCCAUGAGUUGAUGGCUGAGGGACAAACAACAUUGAUGGCUUCAGGGUUCUCUCCAGAAGAAAUUGCAGUCACUGCAGCAGCUAGUGAGGAAGCCCAAACUUUGGCCAUGAAAGCUGUGCUACAAGCUGCACAGCAAACUAUAAUGGGUACUUCAGGGCAGCCUUUGGGCAAAAUAGUGACACAGACAGAAUUGGGAUACCUUGCUACCAUCCAAGAGAGUCAGUCUACCACCAUUCCCCUUGUGUUGACUCAGCAAGAACUUGCUGUCUUAGUACAACAGCAGCUUCAAGACCACGUUCCUACCGAGGCGCUGGCUCCUGCUGACAGUCUCAAUGACCCAAUCAUUGAGAGCAAUGAUUUUAAAAAUACAUCCAGUACUGUUACCAGCACAGUAGCUCUUUUGUCUUCUGCAGCUCUAGGGAGUCUGGCAACAUCUAAUACAUUUGUGACUCCUCCAUCUGUAACGGUAGCCAGCCCAAACAAGCUGCAGGCUACAACUGCUUUGACUGAGAUAGGCAAUGGUAUUGGAUCAGUUUUGAAACCUGAACUAACCCACUCAACCAUCAGAGCACCAAUAAAGAAGGAAAACCAAUGGUUUGAUGUGGGUGUCAUCAAAGGCACUAACAUGAUAGUAACUCAUUAUUUCCUGCCAUCUGAUGAUACUUCUGCCAUGGAUUAUGAUUCCAACAUUAUCCCUAAUUAUAGCCAGCUGAAAAAGCAAGAGUUGCUGCCAGGCACAGCCUAUAAAUUUAGAGUAGCAGGGCUCAAUGCCUGUGGCCGAGGGCCCUUCAGUGAGAUCUCAGCAUUCAAAACAUGUCUUCCUGGUUUCCCUGGAGCCCCUUGUGCGAUUAAAAUCAGUAAAAUGCCAGAUGGUGCCCAUCUUACCUGGGAACCACCUUCAAUGACUUCAGGCAAAAUCAUUGAAUAUUCUGUAUACCUUGCCAUUCAAAGCUCCCAGUUAGGUGAACAGAAAAGUGCAACCCCAACUCAACUGGCUUUUUUGCGUGUCUAUUGUGGGUCUAAUCCAUCUUGCUUAGUACAGUCUUCUAGUCUUUCCAGUGCUCACAUUGACCGUACUACCAAGCCUGCUAUCAUCUUUCGAAUUGCUGCCCGAAAUGAGAAGGGAUAUGGCCCUGCAACACAAGUCAGGUGGCUACAAGAAUCUAGUAAAGAUGGUUCUAAUGUAAAACCUGCCAAUAAGCGACUGUUAUCCUCACCUGAAAUGAAAUCAACUCCAAAGAAAUCCAAGACUGAUGGUCAGUAAGAGAAGGGCGAUUACUUCUUCUCAUGCAGGAAAUUCAACCCUCAUUUUCAUCCUCAACUUUACUUCAGAGGCACACUUACCACUCUUCAAUUAU